AUGCGAGGUAUAAGUGGCAUCAAGAUUUAUGCAGCCUCAUGCCAGAUUAUAUCUCAACGUUUCCUUUUUAUAAUUAUAUUAUUAACUGCAUCAUCAACAGCAACUAAUUUACCAAAUAUGGAAGAAAAUAUGGGAAUUUUAGAAAAUAUGGGUUUUAUCGAUCGAGAAUUAAAUCGCCAGGCUUUAACUCAAGCUGAAAAUGAUAUUGUUGAAGCUAUUACUUUUCUGACGGGGCCAAUCUUUUUUAAUGACGACUUUGUUACUUUCAACGAGCAAAGACCAACAUCAAUAUUUACUGGUUCACUUACUGAAGACCAAAUAGAACAACAACAAAACAUCACCUUAGACAAAACUUCCAAUACAUCGUCAAAUGAAUUACCGAUGGAAACUUCGGCUUCAUUUACAACAAGUGCUUUUCUGGAUCUUGAGAACAGCGUCUAUCGAGACAAAUGGUCGAUUCCUAUUAAACGUGAAGAAAACCUUGGUCGUUGCCUUUUAUCUGCUACGAGACUUGCAGUUGAUGGAAUCGCUGAUCAAGAUGAGCAUUGCAAAAAAUUUAUGGAAAUAUUAAUUCCAGCUGCUUUUCAAAAAUUACAAUGCUCUGAUCCUGUUAAUACUUGGUCAACUAUGGUUCAAUUAGGUAUCUUUGAUAUGAUGCAAUUAUUAGUUGAUCUGAUAGCUGCUCGUCUUGCUUACUCUCCAGUACCAACACAAUUACUUGAAACUUUAGCUAUACUCUUUGAUCAUGAUUCAGUUUUUCAACAAAAAAAUAAAAACCGAUCAUAUAACGGUUCACAUUAUGAUGAACAAUUGGGUGAACGUUUAUUGGCUAAGUCAUCAUCGUCAACAUUUUCUGAUUCUAAUGAAAAUGAACAAUAUGGUUGGCUGCGUGAAAUAAUAAACCGUUUUGUUUUAAAAGAUGGAAUACAAAAUUUAAAAAGACAAUUUAAAAGUGAACAACCAUUGACAGCUCUUGAAUACAAUGCAUUGCUUUCACCUUUUGUUCAAUGUAUGGAUUAUCUAUUCAUAGACAAAUAUCAACAAUUAUUUAGUGAACAUGUUGAAGAAGCUUUAAAUUACGUUAAAAAUUGUAAAGAAGAAGAUUAUAAAACAGAAUCAGCAAGUUCAAUAUUUGAAUUACUUACAACUUUACGUAAAAUAUCUUCUGUUGUAUGGGAAAACCGCGUUGCGCAAAUGGAAGAACUACAUUUAAAUAUAUUACUUAAAAUGGUUAAUCUAUCAGAUUUUAAUGCUAAAAUGAAUUCAUUAAAAGGACUUUCAAAAAUAAUUGAAGAUCCUACAUCAAUUCCACGUGAUAUUGUUAGUAAAUGGAUCAUUGAACAUUCUAUUCUCUCGAAAGUAUUAGAAGGAGAUAUUGAUCAAAUUCAAUAUGUAGAAAAAGCUCGAACAUUCGUGGAUUUCAUCGCACCAAGCAUGUUAAAAGAAGAUAUUGAAAUGAUAUGGAAAAUGCAGCAUGGUCGAUCAUUAGCCACAGUGGAUCAUUUAUUGAGUCUGAUUGCAUCUGCCGCAACGAAAUUUAAUCUAGAACAACUCAACUGUCUAAUUGGUUUCAUUGAUAACUCAUGGAAAACUGAAACCAUUCCUAUAAAAGAAAAGCUUAUUGAAUUACUUGGUGCUAUCGGUCGAGGAUGUCAAGAAGAUUCUGCUGCUCGUGUUUUAGAAGUGCUUUGGGAUAUGGCACAUGAAGAUCGACUUCAUCGUUCAAUGCUUGAUCAUCUUCUAUAUUGUCAUUUGCGUGUAUUUAGUGAGGGUCGCUCAUCUUAUGAUGAACUUAAACGUGAUUAUUGUCUUAAAUGUAUGACCGAUUUACAACGUAAUCAAGGUUGGCUUGUAUCAGCUUUAAAACAUUUAUAUGAAUUAUUGCUUCAUAAUCCAACAAAUACAUUUAAACGUUCAGAGCCAGAUUUAAUAUCACUAUUAGUUAAUAAGCAUGAUGUUAUAUCAGCAUUAAUUCAAAGUUUAUCAACAUGUCAAUUAGAUGUUUGGAAUAAAACACAUGGACAUGUAACGAUUGAUACAUUAGUUGAUGGGCGUUUUACACAUCAAGAAUCAAUUAAAACUCAUUUAGAUUUAUUAUCAUUUUUAUUAAAAAAAGGAAAUCUUUAUUUAAUAUUAAAACGUAGUGAAGAAUUAUGGGAUACAUUAAUCACAAAUGAAAAUGCAAGUUCAUUUGGUCGUGAACUUGGCUUAAAUUGGUUUAUAACAUGUGUAGAAGAUUUUAAUCGAGACUCUCAAUUAGCUUUAUUUGAAAAACGUGUAUCGAAACUUGAUCUAACAAGUUUAUCACCUAAAGGUUUUGAAUGUUAUAAAUUAUAUUUUGCACGUUAUAAUUUGGAACGAUUUAGGCGAGCAAAACGUUCGAGUAAUGUUUCAAAUAAAUCAACAUUAUCCAACACACCAUCGUCAAAUAUCAACUCAUCAUGUGUAAGUGAACAUUCAGAACCGAUAGCUCCAAUUGAAGAUGCUUCACCAAAAUUAAAUUAUGCUUGCAUGACUCUCAAUGAUAUAUCAACAUUAGAAUCAAUAGAUGACUUAACAACUCAACAAUUACAACAAAUUCUUGUACAUAGUUAUGUAUCGAUUGCUGGAUGUGUUGAAAAAUCAGAAUUAACUAGUAAAGUUAAAUUACUUUAUCGUGAUGAAAAACAAAAGAAAGAAUCAAAUGCAAAAAUCUCUAAAGAAGACCCCAACGAAAAUCUAUGCAAAGUUUGUUUGGAUGCAAAUAUUGAUUGUGUCGUUCUUAAUUGUGGUCAUCUAUGUACGUGUAUUCGUUGUGGUUUAUUUGGAGAACGUCCAGCCGAACGACGUAAACGUCUUCAAAACCUAAUAUCAUCUUUAUCUGAUAAUGAAAUUGCAAAGAUAUUACCUUGGUAUCAUGACGGUCCUGAUGAAUUACAAACAGUACGAUAUUGGAUUGCAGAAUAUUCCUUGUCAAGAGCAAAAGAACGUAUUGAAAAAUUAAAAGAAUAUGUUGCUAUACCUGAAGUAUAUCGAACAGCUAACAUUCAAGGUUUAUAUCGUGAAUUUACGAACCACAACAUUACAUUGCAGUUAAUUGAGUGA